AUGAAGCAAAGUGAUUUUUGUAUCGGACCUGGUUCGGUCAUGGGUACAACUGGAUUGAAAUGGGCAGGACGGAAUCCAAUGGACGAUUGUUCGAUGCUAUGGAUGAAGGCUUGGGGACUCACGAGCUUUUCUCGUGUACUACUGGCGUGUUUCGUAGUGUUUUUCUUGGCCAUGCUGUCGCAAUACCUUACGACAUCGAACGGUUUCCAAUUGCACCAGUCCAAAGUGUUUGCCAAGCGUCGACUGAUGAGGAUGAUGAGGCAAGUGCAGAGUCACAGCAAUGGUUCAACCUUUUAUGAUCCAGGGCUGGGCGACGAGUGCGGGAAGAGCAAAUGCUCCAUGAAUGCAGAGGCAGCGGAAGAGUCGGCGGUGCAUCCGGAGCUGCAUACAAAGACGACGACAAUUUCUACAGUGGAACGAGUGACGUCACAGCUAAAUCCAAUGUCCGUGAAGGUUGGCAACUGGACGCAUUUGGCUGACGCUAUGAUGCGUGGUGUGCGGAUUUUCCUGGCUUAUGUGCUCAUGCUGGUGGUCAUGACGUACAACUUGAUGUUGAUCACUAGUAUCGUAGUGGGUUUCAUGACCGGCUUCUUUGUCUUCAGCAAGGACACAGCCAAGGUACCUGUGUCAGCUGAUCCGUGCUGCUCGUAG